CACUCUCCAGCUCGCUGUAUGAACAUGUCUGUGUAAAUCUCAGUAAUAUAACACUGUCUGCUGUUUCUGCUGUUUAUUAUGACACGGAACUGAAAAUGAAAUCGUUGUGAGGGGACAGGGGAAACCGGAGCACCUGUAAUGCGACACCGUGUUACUUUUCUUUUUUUUCUGGCCACGAAUGAUACUGACCUCUUAUUCGGUAACACCAAGUUUACCUAUAGUUUAGACAGAGUGGUGUAAAAUGGACGAUGACGACGCGAUGUCGGAUAACAGUUUGCCUUUCGGCUACGGAGCUUCAGCGUUCGGCAAUGAGGCAGAGGAGGAGGAAGAAGAGGUCGCACUCCACAGAGAGCGCGCGCUCCGGUACAUGGACUGGAAUACCCCAGCAAAUAGCUAUGACGUGGAGCGAGCUGCAUCACCUACGUCCAGUUACGAAUCAAUGCACAGUGACGAUUGGACAGACGCAAUGGCUGAUAAUCAGUGUAGGGUCCAGCUACAUAGACAGGAUUCUUCAGCGUCGAGCUGUGACUCUUAUUCCCGUGAGGAAAAGUUAGAAGAAGAGCCCAAAGAAGUUGAAAUGACACAAGAACAACCAAGUAAAGCUCCUCCUUUAAAGCCAGAGUUAUUCGUUGAUCCUAAUGAGCAGCAGCACCCGGCACUGACUGUUGAUUUCACCUUCAAGGUACUCCAGAGCAGCCUGGAGCAACUUUCAGAGGAGAGUUUCAGACGCUUUAAACGAAUCCUGUGGGAACGUUACCCAGAGUGCUUUCGAGACAGGCUUGACAGCUUGGACGUAUUAGGAGCAGUGGAUAAAAUGUUGGAGCUCUGUGGCCUACAGGUGUCUCUGAAGAUCACACUGGCACUCCUGAAUGACAUGAACUUUAAAAAUGUUGCCGAGCACCUGCAAGGACUGUGCAAGAGAAAUGAAGUCCGUUAUGAGUUGAAAAAUACUCUGAGAAAGAAGUAUGAGUAUGUUAAUGAAGGCCUGACCCAACAAGGACAACAACAACUAUUUGAGAAAGUAUGCACAGACCUUUAUUUAACAGAAGGUGGGAAUGCUGCAGUGAACAGCGAGCAUGAAUUCAGGCAAAUAAAGGAUCUGCAAGAGGACGGCCGGCAAGACAAGCCAGCUAUUUUUAAUAACAUAUUUGAUCCUGAGCAUGUUGAGAAGAGACACAUAAGGACAGUGAUAACUAAAGGAAGUCCAGGGAUUGGCAAAUCAUUUCUAGUUCAGAGGUUUAUCCUAAACUGGGUGGAGGGAAGAUCACAUCAAGACAUCUUUUUUCUGCUUCCUCUGCCAUUCAAACAGUUGAAACAGGUGACGGAGGAAACAAUAGGCUUCAUGAAUUUAAUCUACAGACUAUAUCCAGAAAUGAAAGAAGUUGAUAACCUUGAGUUUGAGGGGUGCCAGGUGAUGUUCAUCUGUGAUGGCCUGGACGAGUACUCUCCCCCCAUUGACUUCCGCAACACCGCGUAUUGGUGUGAUCACAACGAUCCAGCAAAUGUUAAAGUUUUAAUCGCCAACCUGAUCAGGGGAAACCUGUUGUACUCUGCCUAUGUGUGGGUAACCACACGACCUGUAGCGAUCAACCUGAUUCCUGCAGAAUGCAUCCACCAGUUAUUUGAGGUUCGUGGGUUUUCAAAUGAACAGAGAGAAGACUACUUUAGGAAAACCAUACCACAAAAGAAGGUUGCAGAACAAGUCAUUGCUCACAUCAAGUCCUGCAAAACGCUCUAUAUUAUGUGCCAUUUGCCUCUGUUCUGCUGGGUGGUGCGCACAUUGUGCGAACAUGAUCUCAGAAGUGGAGAACUUUCCAAAGCUCUUACCCAUUUCUACACCAAACUUCUCCUUGAGCAUUUAAAUGUGCAAGGCAAUAAACUGCUGUCAAAAGACGAAGAUUUCUUCUUAAAGCUUGGGAAGAUGGCCUUCCAACUACUUGAGAAUGGUGUGUUCAAGAUCGAGAAAGAGCAAUGGAAUGAGUUUGGUCUGGUAGCUGAAGAUGCUGUGGUCACUGCGGGCCUGUGCACGCAGUUCUAUCGUGAGAAAUUUAUGAUGUACCAGGAAAAAGUGGACUGCUUCAUCCAUCCAACGAUGCAGGAGUACUUAGCGGCUCUUUAUGUCUUUCUGUCUUUCAAAAACAAAAAGAAGAACGUUCUAGAAGGCCCAAAGUUUAAAAUGUUCCUAGGCUCAAAACAGGAUCUUUCAGAACUAUAUAAGAGUGCUGUGGAUAAAGCAUUACAAGCACAAAAUAACAACUAUGACCUUUUUCUAUGCUUUCUCUUGGGCUUGUCAGUAGAGGCCAAUCAAUCUAUGCUUAGCGUCUUGCUUUCCAACAAGUGUUCCAACCAGCAAGCUCAGCAAGAGACAGUGCACUACAUUAAAAAGAAGAUGAAAGAGUAUCCUGGAAGGAAGGAAAUUCUUCAGAGAUGCAUAAAUGAACUCUUCCCUCAUCCUCAAAGGCACUGAACUAUCUUUUGUGAAUUGGACAUGGCAGCUUGUCACGGCUGAGUGUUUAAUGUUUCUGAUUCAGUAACAUGGUAUAAUGAGAGUACCUGCGAAUGUACACCAGGUAUAGAAAACUUGCCCCUGACUACUGUGAAACAACAUUGUGCUUUUGAAGAUUGUGUCCUUCACCGGGGAUAAACACCACUGCCUCUUUGCCAUUGGAGAGACGAACCCAUGCACAUUUAUGGUUGGCCGAAUUGGGCUUUUUGGGCUUCCUGAUCAUGGUCACUACAGCACUACGGCCUUCAGCUGCCGUUGACCAAAUGUGGCAGCAAGCUUUCCAUGUAUAGAAGUAUUGACUGACAAAAUACCAGACACACAUGGUAUUUGCAUGAUGGUACAUACAGUGCUGCUUUCAGUAUAUCAGGAGGAGCAGUAUUUCAGGUUUUUUGGCACCACAAUAUCAAUGGGUGCUUGUGGAACAAAAGUAACAGCAGCACUGAGACCAUAACUGACAUUCUGCAUGAACAAUUCACCUGCUUCUUCUGUUGCAUCUCCUUGUUUCAUUUCUAAGAAGGCGAGGAAAGGAUGCAAGAACAGGAAAUGAGGACAGGAAGAAUCAAGAACAAAAAUUAUUAAUGUCGAAGACUUUUCUAGCUCACUGAAGCAUCACGUUAAGUAGAAUUAACUUGUGAGUGAAAUGACUUGCUGAUAACAUUUAUUGCACAUUUAAAUAUAUAUUUUUUCAUUUAAGAAUUUUAUUUCUACACAUUGCUUACAUAAUUAAGAUAAUUCUGCUAUGUGUGGUGCUAGUUGAUUGUUUAUUGGAAUGGAUUGGUUUGAAUUAUAGUUAAAAUUUAUAUUACAGGCUUAAAUGUCAGACCAAAAUAAAAUGGACUUCAUCACUCCAA